GCUGAUUGAAGAAUAUUUUUUCGUGGGAGUUUUUGUGUUUAUUUUCCAUUCAGUUUUAGCGAAAGAAUAGCGUGAAAUGAAGCGAAUUUAGCGUAAAACCUGAGUGUUGUGAAUGUGAGUGAACCAUGUACCAGGACUAUGGACACAAAAAAGGAUAUCUACAACCUUUGGGUCCAGUACACAACGAAGAACGAUGAGGUGUUUUUCCGGCAAUUCGUGCAAGGAUUCGUGGGGAUUUGGCGGGAGCAAUUGCCACUGGAUUUGGAGAAGAUGCCCCCGCCGUCACAGAUAAAGCCCGAUUCGGGUCCCCACAUACGACGAUUGCCAGAAGAAUUGCUUCCGGCGAUACAAAAGUUCCUGAUAAUAGCAAAAAGUGAUGCAGAGAAGAGACUUCUGCGGGAUGACGAAAUCGCCGACACCACCCUCUUGUUUGAGUGCUUGACCAUAAUUUGUCGGCACUUUGACAAUAUUGCCCCCGUAGCGAAAUCCAAUUUUGUGCCAGUAGGGGUGGAAAUUGUGACGGGUGUGCUCAAAAGUGCCACAGAGAGAAGUAGUAGCCUUCCCAAAUGUAUCCGGACACUCGUAAAAACCUUCAGUGGCUUUGUUGAAGUCAUCUUUGACCCUUACCUCACGUGGAGGCACUUUGUUAACACAGAUCUCUACGAGAUCUCUCACCAUCCAAAUACGCAGCUCAAUUCGGAAAUCAUCCCUUUUAUCUAUGGUUGUUUCGAGGAUGGCACCCUCACUAGUGACUCCCUGAAUAUCUUGGGUGGAAUAAUUGGGGGCUCCCAAGUGAAUGCUCAACGUGCCGUAUGUCCUGCCACAGUGAAGGUCAUCGUAAGUCUCAUUUCGUCGUGGGAAUGUGAGGCAGAUCUUCGUCUGGUGGCUCUGAAAUGUUUCAAUUUAAUGGUGAUUGUCCUACUGAAGGCAAGUCCGGAAACUAGACAAAUUGAACUAACAACAGUCAUGCAGCACUAUCACGAAUCCAUAGUGUUGCUGUUGAAAACGAAGCAUUUUAUGCGGAAAAUUGAAAGUGAAUCUUUUGAGAUUGCAUCAGAGGAUUUCUGCAUAGACGUUACCGCUCUACAUGCUCUCAUUGACAAUCUGAAGAGUCUCCUGCAGGAGCCGACAGUUCGUGUGAAUGUUUGCAAGAUAAUGAUUGACAAUAAUAUCCUGAAUAUCCUAAUUGGAGUGCCAAAUAUCAUUGAAGCGUGGGAUGUGGAUAGGCAGGGACUCUUGACGACGUGCGUGAGGGUGCUCAGGCAUAUUUGCUGGGCAUCUCAUCACAAGAUGACUCGUUUGGCCAUUGGAAAGUUCUUUCAGGGUCUUCGAAUCAAUGGGAAACCCUCACGAGAUCUCGUGGCUGAGCUAAUUGGUCUCGCUGACGCGCUCGACGAUGAGCUCUUUAUCAAUUGUAGCGUCAUAAGGGAGAUAAUUUCAUGGCUCGGGGAUUUUGGGGAAAAAGAACAACAGUACGCAAUGAAGAAACUACUGGCAAUCUGCACGAAGAAUAUCAAUAGAAAGAUACUAGCAUGUGAACACAGAGUUCUCGAAGCAAUAUGCGAAAGUCUCAAACGCUUUCAACGACUAUCUCCGGAGACUAUCUGUGACAUGAUUCGAACAGUUGAAGAGCUGGGAAAGUACACGAUACAUCCGGUGGAAGUGAAGAAGCUCUUCCGGUUGCUCACGGAAGAUUUUAAUUUUACAUACAAAUUUCAACUAUUGGAGGCAAUUGUUAACAUUUCAUCGCACUACGCAGGCAAUAAUAUGGAUAAUUGUUAUUUCUGGAAUAUCCAGAAGAAUGACGAGGGAAUUACGGUCCCUGAUAUAGAGGCAUGGUCCUCAAGCAAUCCCCGGAGUGGAUUUAUUUUUCACACUUCUCUCAACCUAGAGAAACUUUCCACCAAUGCAGAAGAAAUGAGUGCCAGGCCGUACCGUCGGCAAAUACUGAGUUUGCUCAGUACCCAAGGGACGGGUUUUGAGAUUUUUGUCAGUCACACCGGAAGCCUCACCCUGGCUGCCCUUACAAAGAAGGAAUAUCACACAGUGACGGCAAAUGAGGCAAAACUCUGUGAUGGGUUGUGGCAUUCAAUCACUAUCUCCGUCAUCCCGUCGAAGAGACCCUUUUCCUACUUUCAGGUCACAAUGUAUCGUGAUCAGGACAUACUGCUCAGUACGUCCCUAAAGAUUGGCAAUCAACACGAUAAAUUUGUUUACUGCACCAUUGGAGCACCAAUAAAUCGCGUUCAGGAGAUCCCUGUGCCGGAAGUAGAGGAUUCUCGUGAUAAUGCAAACACAAUGAAAGGACUCUUUCCAUCAAUCUUCGAGAAAGCCGUUACGCAAGCUCCCAACUACUUCACUCUCCCCCUCAAGGGGUUCUCAUCUCAAGAUCCAACAACAAAGUGCAUCGCUUUGGGACUCCAAGAUAGUGUUUUUGGGAGUCAGGUAUGUCUCCGUGGGCAAAUGGGAUCAGUUUUGCUAGCUGAAUCGAAUUAUCAGCUAAAAAGUGCCGUAGAAGCGGGUGCAAAUGUGGCAUCAAUUGUUUCUCAGGACAGUGAAGGCACUGAUGCGGUAACAUCAAAAGUUGUCUUCUGCUUCUCCCCAUCAGCAACGUAUGACAAUGUCUGUGCGGAUUUGUCGCUGGGGAAGAAGUAUUCGGGGCACAGUAUUGCUAAAUUCCACCAUGUGAUAACCAUUCAGGAUGCUGUAAAGAGUAUCGGUGGAAUUGAGGUAUUUUUCCCUCUGCUCGAAUGCUUCAAGGAUACUCUCGAGAGGACAGUGGAGGACAGCGAAAAGGAAAGUUGCGAAUCUCCGUGUGAUAAGCAAAUGCUAAAGAAUCCCAUUGCAUCCUUCAUUGUCCUUCUGCGAUACUACACUAAUUGUGAGAGCCUUCAGGAUAAUUAUGAGAAUAUUUCCCUAAUUGGAUCAAUGCUGGUGCAGUGCGAUGCAUCAUUGCUGGAUGUAAAUGUCCUUGUUGGGCUACAAAUUUACAUUGAGACCAUCCAGCAGAAGUACAAGAAUGUCAACAAUGUGCCACUCCUUGAGGCACUCUAUGAGCAUUUACUGUUCAACUUCAAGAUCUGGUCUAGAGCAUCAUUCCAGAUUAUUAUUGGGCACACGCAGUACCUUCAGACGCUCGUCAAGACUGAUCGAAAGUACUUCAGGAAGAAGUUUGGAAUUCAAUUUAUUCUCGAUACAAUUCGAUUGUAUUUCAUUACACCGAAUAACAUUCCGCUGGAUGAUGCAAAAUCCAUCAGAGUUGCUCUUAUGGACAUUGUACGAUACUACAUUCAGAAGGAGAUUAAUAUUAAGGAGGUGGGAGCAUUGCUUAAUUUUCUGGCAACGGGAAAGAAUGAAGGAGUACUCAUUGAGCUGAUUGACCUCAUUACAACUCACAUGGAAGCAAAUUGCAAGGAUCAAAUUUUCCUACUAAUGCUGGAGCCACAGAAUGCAGAAUUACUGUAUUGUAUGCUCCUGGAGAAGACAUUCACUGUUGCUCUGCACAAUGCUGUACUUAAGCUCAUUUGGUGUCUCUUGACGACAAAAUGGGUAUCGCAGAGGCACAAAAGUUACCUGACACUGCAAUAUAAAUCAGUGAUAGGACAGAGUCUCUAUCCGGGACUCUUGACGUACCUCUUUCCGCUUCGGUUAGAAGAUGAAAUAAUCUUGAAUUUGGCCGAGCAAAUGCUCUUCAAUAAUUCCGAAUCGGGAUUCUGUGGCAUUCUGUACUUAAUUAACAAUCUCCAAUAUCGGGAUUUGAGUUUGAAAUUGGAGAUAAGUAGAAAACUCCUUACGACACUUUUUACCAAGCAAAAUUCCGCAAUGGUACUAAUUGCUCAGCAAAAGGGCUGGCAGCAAGCUAUUACGAAACUCCUAGUGAAGAAAUCCAUAAAUAUUGAUAUGAAGACUUCCGACGUGGAUUUCAUAAGUUUCGACGAGAAGACGCCCGUUGAGGCGAGAGAUUUUCAAUUUGAUGAAAAUUUCUCCCUUUCGGAAGCCAUGGAUGCCAUGGAGGUGUUCGAUAGCGAUAAUAUGAGCCUCCAUUCAACAAGUACAGUAAGUGAAGUGAAUUCAUUGGCAUCACCAACGCCUACGGGUAAGGUAGCAUCUGAUCCACCAUCCACAGUGAGUGUUGCCCUGCCGGAAAUGGAGAAUACUGUAAGUGAGGAGGAACAACUUGUGUGGCUCAUCACAAACAUCGUCUUUACCAUACUGUGGCAGGGGAUUCCGGACAAAAAGGAAUCCUGGAAGGCUGCUGGAGAGAUUAUAGCAUCAAUUAAUUUUCUAGCCUUGACCAAUGAACUCUAUUGCUCUCACCUUGUGCUUCGGCUGAGGCUCCUGGAGAUGACGGUGCAGGCAUGCUUGAUUGAUAUCGGAGAAGGGGGUAUUCAGAAGAUUGAUCAUCAGCAGUACUGUGCUCAACUCAUGCGAAUGGUUUACGACCUCGUGGUACUGGAUCAAAACAAGGAUGAUCUCAAAAAAUGCUCCACUAAACUCUUGGAUGGCGUUCUGGCAUUGCUAGAUGGUCUAAUGGUUUUCCAAAGUACUGCUGUUGACGAUUGGACGGACAUGAAGAGAGUUUGCUUGGGAUUAUUAAUCCAAUGCUCCCACAGUACAGAUCCCUCAAUUGUAGCCAUGGCCACGGCAAAACUUCAUUACAUCCUGCAGUGUCGAACACCAACAGAUGCCGAAGAAGUUGGAUAUCUCGUUUACAGACUCAGUGGAGCUUUAGAAAAUGCCAUUGAAGUUGGGAAUUCAGAAGAGUACUCCUUCCUCAUUCCGGUAAUGAAAGCCCUCCUUGAGAAAACGGAAACAAUGCUGGGAUUGUUGGUGAAUGUGCCAAAUCUACCACCUCUCUCCUCUGGUCCGGUAUUCUUUCAUGAAUUCCAAAUGUUCGCGGGACACAAGCAAUGGCAGACAUUUAUCAAGAAGAGGAUAAAACCACUCCAUGAUGCGUAUCAGAAGGAAAUUGAAGUGACUCUGUGUGAACCGUUGAACACCUUUUGGGCGGAAUGCUAUGAAUCUUGCAAGAGAACUGGUAAAUUAUGCAAAGAGAUUGAAAUGGAAAGUCGAACCAAGUUUCAGGAGAAAAUUAUAAUGCCUUGGCGCUAUCGACAAAGUGAAGAAAUCCACCGACAAAAUGCCGCAUUAGCAACCCUUAAAGCUGAUGAAGUAAAAUGCGAUCGACUCUAUCGUCAAUUUCGCCGUAGCCUCUAUGGAGCUCGUGGUCCUUGGAGUAAAAGUAAAUUGGAUCAAGAUCACUGGAAGCUACUGAAUCGUGAAAAUUUCAAUCGAAUGCGAAUGAAACUUGAUCCCAAUCUGUACCACAAUCCUCACACAAUGGCUGCUAAUUUGCGGGAUAACACAACACUCGAUGAUGAUCGUCGUCUAUCAGCAGACUUUGGUCCUGCCAUCAUCCCAUCCGCCACACCGUUGGACAUAACGGAUGAAGAGGGAUUCGUUGUGCUUGAAGAAGAUUUGCGUUUCUCUCAGGAAGUUUCAAUCCUGGAGGAGCCUCAAGCGCAGGAAGUGGAUCGCGAGAAGAUCAUCAUAAGUUACGAAUGUGAAUUGAUUGUGCUCAUGUCGCGCAUAAAGGGGAAGUUGGAAAUAAGUGCAACAAGUGUAGCAUUUGUGGAUCAGUCGCAGCAACAGCAAGAUCAGAGGCAUGAUUUCAAAUUCUCCCUGGCCCUCCUGCGAGAGAUUCAUCUGCGUAAGUACAAUUUGCGUCGAAGUGCACUGGAGAUUUUCCUUGUGGAUCAGCGAAGUUAUUUCGUAAAUCUCACGACAAAGACGCGCAAUAAGGCCUUCUCGAAGAUUCUCGGACUUCAGCCGCCAAAUAUUCAGUAUGGCAGCGGUAGGGCCCCAAGUGAGCUCCUCAAGGCAUCGGGAUUAACGCAGAAGUGGGUUAAUCGUGAAAUUAGCAACUUUGACUACCUCAUGCAUCUCAACACAAUUGCCGGAAGGACUCACAAUGAUCUGAGUCAAUAUCCAAUUUUCCCGUGGAUUUUGGCUGAUUACACGAGUGAAAUUCUCGAUUUGACUGAUCCUAAAUCCUUCAGGGAUCUCUCAAAGCCAAUUGGGGUGGUGAAUCCGAAGAAUGAGAUUGAGGUGCGAAGCAAAUAUGAGAAUUUCGAAGAUCCCUCCGGGGUGAUACCAAAGUUCCACUAUGGGACUCACUACUCGAAUUCUGCUGGUGUCCUGCACUACCUCCUGCGCAUUGAACCCUUCACUACACUCCAUGUGGAGCUACAGAGUGGACGCUUCGAUGUGGCUGAUCGACAAUUUCAUUCAAUCAAUCAGACAUGGCGACAGCUUAUGGAUAGUCCGAAUGAUGUGAAAGAACUCAUCCCGGAAUUCUUCUACAUGCCCGAUUUUCUGCGCAACAUCAAUGGCCUGGAUUUGGGGAUGCUGCAGACGACAAAGGAAAAAAUAAGUGAUGUCAUCCUCCCACCAUGGGCCCAGAGUCCCGAGAGUUUCAUUGCCAUCCACAGGCGGGCACUGGAAUCGGACUAUGUCUCCGCCAAUCUUCACCAUUGGAUUGAUCUUAUCUUUGGGUACAAACAGAAGGGUCGUGCUGCCAUUGAGGCGCUCAAUGUUUUCUACUAUUGCUCCUACGAAGGAGCCGUGGAUCUCGAUAAGAUAACCGAUGCAAAGGAACGCGAAGCCAUUGAGGGGAUGAUUAAUAAUUUCGGGCAGACUCCAUCGCAACUGCUGCGAGAAGCUCAUCCACGACGCUUAACCAGUGAUGAGUGUUUGGUACGUCUCCUGCGGAAUGACAUUAAGCGUCCUGAAUUUAUAAACUACCUCGAUCGUGUGUCAAGUGUGUAUUGUGAUUUGUCCACGGAGAAAGAUCCCGUGGUGUACUUGAGUGUACCACGAACACCACAGAGAUCAUUCCUACAAUCCGGACCGGAUGUCCUCAUUUCCGUUACACGCUCAGGAACAUUGUCUACGCACACAUGGGCACCAUAUGACAAAGAGAAGGGAUUCAUCUUUGGUACAGAUUCCGCCAAAACGCGCAAAGUUCUCACGGGUGCCUUUCAUCCGGCUGUAAAGUUGUCCGGAAAGCUAUUUGCUCUGAAUCUUGAGGGGAAGCUCCUGUACACGGGUGGCAUUUGGGAUUGCAGCCUUAAGGUGUUUAGUGUCCACAAGGGACGUGCUGUGGCAUCCGUGGUGGCCCAUUCAGAUGUAAUUACAUGCCUGGCUAUUGAUUCCGGUGGGAUGUAUCUAGUCACGGGUUCUCGCGAUUGCACGUGUGUUCUAUGGUCGAUCUCCAACACCAAUCUCACUCAGAGUUCCGUGGGUUUAGUCAAUCUUGCAGCAGGAGCAGCAGCUGUGGCAUCUCCAAGUGGCAGUUCGGGUGGUGCUGCGAGUCUUCUAGCUCCACAACCGCUGAAAGCACUCCAUGGGCAUGAGAGUGCAAUAUCAGCGGUAGCCAUAAUGACGGAAUUUGAUCUCGUUGCAUCUGGCUCGAUGGAUGGAACUGUGAAUCUCUACAGCAUCGAGAGUGGUCAGUUGAUACGAACAGUGAGUCCAUUGGGAUGUACGGGUGUUACAAUUGAGAUCUCCUUCGUGACCAUCUCAUACCAAGGACAUGUGGCUUUCUCUGCCCUCGAUGAUACCUCCUACUCUGUGCACGCUUUUACCGUGAAUGGUGUUCAUGUGGGAUCGAAGUAUGUUUCAGGGCGUGUCACGAGUUUGGCGACCAUUUCGGACCUCCUUGUGGUGUCUGAUGAUGCAGGAGAUAUCACCAUUAGUCGUCUCAAUGGCCUAAAGCCCAUCUUUGACAUUCCGCUGCACAUUCCCAUUGAGACACUAGUCGUGGUGCCUGGAAAUAGUCACCUCCUUGUACCGCUGCGUGAUGGUAAUCUCGCUGUUGUCGGAGUAAUCAUGCCAAAUAACCCGGGUAGUAUAUCCUCCACUUCAACUGGCAUCCCGUCCACGCGAAAGCAUUCCAUCCUUACUGUCUGAAUCCCUCCUCUAAAGUCUUAUUCAUUUCUCUUUUUUUUACGUAAGAUUCUUUAUUUCACAUUUUAUUUUACAAUUUUACAUUUAUUUUUUUUCCUUGGUGCUGGUCUCAAUCUAUCCUUGUUUAUUUUAAAUUUUAUUCUUGACCUCUUUUAUUUACAAUUUAACGACAAAUUAAUAAGAAAGAUUUUUUCCCUUGGAAAAUUGUCACAGAUGGGGGAAAAUAUAAUUUUUUUAGCUCUGUAUAUAAAGGAGAAUUUUAACGCAAAUUAUUAUAGAAAAUUGAAAAGAAUAAAGUGAUGAUAACUA